UUAAUAAAAAUCAGAAUAUGUCAUUUAGAAAAAUUUUGGAAGAAUUUCAUAAAAUUUUUGAAGAAGAAUUUUUAAUAAAAAUUUUGGAAAAAGAGAAAAAUGAAAUUAUUUGGGAUUUGGAAAGAGAGAAAGAAUUUAGACAAAUGGAAUCUUUAAAUGAAAAAAAUGAGAAUCCAGGAUGGACAAUAUUAACUUUGGGAUUUCCAAAAUAUAAUUCCUUAAUUAACAUAAAUAAAUCAACAGCAAAAAUAAUUAAAUUAAUUAAUAAAUUAGGUUUUCUUUUUUAA